AUUAUGUAAAACCGACAGAAUAAAUAGAUUAAUUAAUAUUUAUAACAAUUAUAUAAAAAUAAUAUAAAUUAUUUGUAAUUUUUAAGGUUACUUUCCUAAGUAAUGUAAAAUUUGGUUGCAUAAAUUAGAAGUAAUAUAAAAUUUUAAAAGAAGCUAUUCAGCAUACGUUUUUGUAGUGAUGUGCUUAGAAAACUGUAACUAAAAAGAACUAGAUAGAUAAAACUCUAUACAAUAGUAUUUGUCUGCUUUUAUGUUUAUGUUUUUCUUUAUAUAAUGUGUUCUUUUCUCAUGUGUGUAUUUUUUCUUUAUAUAAUGCUUUUUCUUUAAAUAUUAUUAUUUAUUUAACAUUGUAAAACUCAAUCUUGAAAAUGAGUUUUCUUCUCUGAUCUUUGUCGUGUGAAUUUGACUUUUUGAGAUUAAUAAAUACAAAAUCUUGAAAGACGUGUGAAAUUUUGAAAUGUUCUGUUUCUCCUAAUGCUUUUGACUUGACAAAGUUGAAAUAUUAAUCUGUUUAAUGUUGAAUUCUGGCAAUGAGGUUUCUCUUUUGACCUAGCACAAGAGAAGAGAUAGAUAGAGAGAUGGAGAAGAAUCCUUUAAUGGAGGCUGCUCGGAAAGGAGAUGUGGAGUUCUUACUCCGAUCAACGGAAUCAGAUCCCACUCUUCUUGAAGUUAUCGUCAUCAACGGCCAAGAAACGCCGUUACACGUUGCCUCCAUGUACGGACACUUGACUUUCGUCAAAGAAAUGUUAAACCUAAGAGAAGAUCUCGGAAGAGAGCUUAACGAAGACGGGUUCACGCCUCUGCAUAUAGCAGCAUCAAUGGGCCACGUUGAGAUCGUUAAAGAGCUUUUGGAGAAGCUAGGUGGUGAGAUAUGUUUGAUCAAAGGUAAAGAGAGAAAGAUUCCUCUUCAUUACGCUGCUAUGAGAGGGAGAGUUUGUGUUCUUGAUGAGUUAGUGUCUGCUAAUCCUCAAUCUCUUGAAGAAGUCACCGCUCGUGGAGAGACAGUGCUUCAUCUCGCGGUUAGGUUUUGUCAGUUUGAUGUGUUCGUUGCUUUGUUAGAAUGUCUUAAAGAAUUUGAUAAGCUUUGCGUGUUGAAUAAGCAAGAUCAUGGUGGGAACACGGUUUUGCACUUAGCUGUUCAAAAACGACAGUUUGAGGUGAUUGACUUGUUGCUUGGCUCUAGAUGUUCUAGUAACACACUCCCAAGAGAUUUCAUUGAAGUGAACUCUUUAACCUCAAAUGGUUUAACACCUCUUGAUGUGUUACUUAACUUUGGAGGUGAACCAGAAGACUCAGAGAUUCAUCAGCUCCUCCUCCAAGCAGGAGCUGUAAGAUCUAUAGAUCACAACACAACACAACCAGCAACAACAACACCAUCAGAAGAAUCUCUGAUGACACACAAGCAAUGGCUUGAUUACUUCAAGCACAAGAAAGACAAAGUCUCACCUAACGAAAUCCGCAAUGUGUUACUAGUUAUCGCGAUUCUGAUAGCUACAACAACUUAUCAAGCCGCGCUAAGUCCACCUGGAGGUAUCUGGCAAGAAGAUUAUUACUGCAUCGGUAGAUACUGUCAAGAGAGUGAGACAAAAGGAAACAAGACCAAACCGGUUUACUACGCGGGAACAACUAUAAUGGGAUCAAAGAGUUGGAUUUCUUAUGGCAUUUUCAUCUUCUUAAACUCGGUUGGUUUUUUCACUUCUAUUGAACUUAUCUCAUUACUCACAAAAGGUCUCCCUUUCUACCUUGAGCUACAAGUUUCAUUGACUGCUCUUGCCUUGACCUAUGGAUUUGCAAUGGCUGCACUUUCUCCUAACUUCGGACUAGGCUUGUUCUUCAUGGUGAUCUCUGUGGUAUUACCUUUCGCGGUAGCGAAAAUCCCGAGUUUAAUCCAUAAACUUGCCAAGAAAACAAGAAUCUAUCCUCUCAGACGUACUACUGAAACAACCACCUCCUAAAAUUACAAUUAUCAUGUGUGUUUUUCUUGAUAGUUUUGUGUUUUUGAGUUGCUAUGUGAAGAGAUGAGAGUCAAAAGGUUAAUAACUUUUCCCUUUUUGUAUUUUUUAUUUAUCAAUAUCCAUUGUUUGUAUGAGCUCUCUGAGCCUCAUUCAAAUUUAACUGUGAUAUCAUUAUUGUUACACUCUGUCUCUGCUCUGCACAUGUUCUUUUGUUCCUUUUAUAAAACUUGGAACAAGAAAUCUUUUUCACCAAUCCCAAUCAUUGUAACUUCUAGCUACUACUAUUUCUAAAACAAUAACCCAUGUUAUGAUCUGACUUGGGUAAGAUCUGAACAUCAUCAGAAAAAAAAAACAUAAAUAAACAUAACACUUGAGGUUAACAUUUAUAAUUCUUAAGCCAAGCCAGUCUGUAAAGAUGCACCAUCACAUAUGUCCACAUCUAAACAUAUAUAUUAUAUAUAUAGAAAGAAAUGGUAAUGAACUUA